AUGCCAGCGAUUCACCGACAGGCCGGUGGCGAGAGGGACAGGGGAGGCGGAGAAUGGGCGGAAGGGGAAAGAAGAGGGCAGCCGCAGGUGACGGCGGAAGGGCAGUGCGCAAGCGGGGGGAAGGGGGAAGGAUUGGGGAAGGGCAAGGCCGGGGGGGGGGGCGCGAGAGUGGGGGAGUUUGUGGAGGCGGACUGGUAUGAAGCGGACUGGAAACAUGUCUCCCCCCUUUCCGCCGUCACUCCCCCCGAGCCCCCCGCCUCUGACGCGUGGCAGUGGUCCCGCUUUGGGCGGCAACUUAGCCGCCAAGACGGCCGCCCGGGCGGCAGGUCUGCGCGCAGCGAGCUGGACGGGAUGAUGGGCGGGGCGAGCGGGGGGGAAGGGGGGAGCGCGCGGAGGGAUGCGCGGGAGGAGUAUGUGAAUCGGUUCAAGGCGAGUUUGCAGGGAGGCCCCCCCGCCCCGCCUCCGCCCCCGUCCCCCCUGGCCGCGCCCACGCAGAUCCCCCCCGCGCCUGGCGCGGGUGCGGGGGAGAAGCGGGGGGAGGGGGCAGCAGAGCGGGGGAGGGGAGGGGAGGGAGGGGCGGGAAGGGCGGGAAGGGCGAGAGGGGAGGGAGGGGCAUGUGCCGUGUUUUGGGGCGGCAGGGGGAGGGGAGGACGGGACAGAGCACAACUGGGGAGGGGCGAAUCUGGGGAGAAUCUGCCCACGCCCAAGCAGAUCCGGGCAGCUCUGGAUGAAUUUGUGAUCGGGCAGGAUAAUGCGAAAAAGGUUUUGGCAGUGGCAGUUUACAAUCACUACAAGCGCAUCUUUCUUGAAAACCAGAAGCGGGAAAGACUUGCCAACCUGCCAGAGGGGGCGUGCGAGAACCUGGUGGGGGGCGGUGAGGAGGACGAGGUGGAGGUGGAGAAGAGCAACGUGCUGCUGAUGGGUCCCACGGGUUCAGGCAAGACCCUACUGGCCAAGACUCUGGCUCGGUUUGUCAACGUGCCAUUCGCCAUUGCUGAUGCCACCACUCUCACUCAGGCUGGUUAUGUGGGAGAGGACGUGGAGAUGAUUCUCUAUAAGCUGCUGCAGAGCGCCAAUUUCAGUGUGUCAGCAGCGCAGCAGGGCAUCGUGUAUAUCGACGAGAUCGACAAGCUUACCAAGAAGGCAGAGGGCAUCACGAGCACACGGGACGUGUCAGGGGAGGGCGUGCAGCAGGCGCUUUUGAGGAUGCUCGAGGGCGCUGUGAUCAAUGUGCCAGAGAAAACAGGGAGGAAGAAUCCAAGAGGCGAGUUCAUACAGCUGGACACACAGAACAUUCUCUUCAUCUGUGGAGGGGCAUUCGUGGAUCUGGAAAAGACGAUUGCAGAGAGGAAGCACAAGUCAUCCAUCGGCUUCGGGGCCCCCGUGCGCGCAUCGCUGCGCAACCGAUCGGUGCUUGACGCCCGCACUGCCGGCUCGCUGCUGCAAUCGGCAGAGAGCACGGAUCUGAUAGCCUAUGGGCUCAUCCCUGAGUUUGUGGGGCGAUUCCCCGUGCUGGUGGGGCUGCAUGCGCUCACAGAGGAGCAACUCGUGCAGGUUCUCUUAAAGCCCAAGAACGCCCUCAGCAAGCAAUUCGCCAAGCUAUUGGCCAUGAACAACGCCCGCUUGCACAUGACGGAGGGGGCAGUGAGGGCCAUAGCGCGCAGAGCAGCAGCGCGAAACACGGGGGCCAGGGGGCUGCGAUCGCUGCUGGAGGGGCUGCUCACCGAGGCUAUGUACGAGGUCCCCAGCAAUCUGGUGGAAGCAGUGGUGCUGGACGAGGCAUCGAUGGGGCACGAGGGGGAGGAAGGGGAAGAGGGCAAGCCGGUGUGCAACUGUGUCCUUGAUCAUUGCCCUCAUUCCACGCCCAUCCGUCAUCUCAUGCCCCAACCCACCAGGUCCCCAGCAGUCUAG